AUGCAUCUCCAAAGCGUUGCCAAUUUGGCCAUUGUCGGAUGCGCGGUUCUUGCCACCGCUCAUCCUGGCCACCAGGAGAAGCGCGCCAACUCUGACCUCCUGGAGUUCAAGGCCAACAUGCGUCGCGGCUUGGAAAAGUGUGCCGAUAAGUUCGAGCGUAGUGGUCUCAACGCUCGUGCUGAAGCUCGCCGGCGAGCCUUGGUUGACCUUCACCGGAGGCGUCUUUCCGCGCGCGAUACUGAGUCGGUCCUCAACAAGUCCCACCUUGUGACUGGAUCCGAUAUCACUCCCGACUCUUCCGUCAGUGAGAUAUUCGGCAAUACCAGCACCUGCAUCCUCAACCCAGAGGGUGAGACUGGCCCCUACUAUGUCCCCGGCGAGUACAUUCGCUCGAGCCUCCGCGAAGAUCAGUCGGGUGUGCCCGUCGUGAUCGAGGGCCAAUUCGUCGAUGUCGAGACAUGCGAGCCAAUCUCCGAUCUGUACUGGGACAUCUGGAACUGCAAUGCCACCGGUGUCUACUCCGGCCUCGUCGCCAAUGGCAACGGAAACACCGAUGACACUUCCAACCUGAACGCCACCUUCCUGCGUGGUGUGCAGAAGACCGACUCUGAUGGUGUGGUCACCUUCGAGACCCUCUUCCCGGGGCACUAUUCCGGCCGCACAACCCACCAUCACCUGGUCGCCCAUCUGGAUGUGACGGUACUUGACAACAAUACCAUUACUGGUGGCACUGUCGCACACAUUGGUCAGCUCUUCUGGGACCAAGACCUCAUUGACGACGUGGAGGCCACUUACCCGUACAACACCAACACCGUCACCCUCACCACCAACGCAGAGGACCGUGUCUUCUCCGACGAGACUGAAAAUUCCGAUUCGGACCCUGUUCUGAACUAUGUCUAUCUCGGUGAUGACUUGGAUGACGGUCUAUUCGGAUGGGUGACGGUUGCUGUCAAUGUCUCUGCCACCUAUGACCCCAACUACAGCUUCAUCUAUACUUCCAGCGGCGGCGUUGCAGUUGAUGACAGCUCGUCCACUCCCGGCGGCGGUCAGUCUGGCGGCUCCCAGCCUAGCGGUGGUCAGCCUAGCGGUAGCCAGCCCACUGGUGGCCCGGCUUAA